AUGAUGGCACUUAUUGUUGUUAGUAAAGGAAGUAGUACAAGUUUAUUUCAACCAAUAACAACAACAAAAGAUCACAAAUCGACAUUAUAUAUUCAAGCUAAUUCUGAUACAACAACAAAUAAUUCUAUAACUGAUCUUACUGAUGAUAAAUUUAAUGUUUUAUCAGAUGGUCCUGGUUCAUCAUCAUCCUCAACAUCAAUAUCAUCUGUUCUUUUACCAUUAUAUUGUUCACAAUGUCAACAACCUAUAUUUGCACCAAAUCAUCCGACAAAUAUUCCAUAUAUUUGCUCAAAUUAUUUAACAUCAACAACACGUCAUCAUAGUGUAUUAACAACAAAACCUUGUAUAUCUACACGUUCAUCUGAAUUACUUCUACUUGCGACAUAUUUUGAUAUUAGAAUUUUACAUACAUUAUUUAAUCCAUCAUGGUUAACAGAUAGUUAUUUAUGGUGUUUAGAAUAUUUACAUAAACGUAUUAUUGAUAUAUCAGAUGAAAUAUUAUCUGAUACUUUAAUGAAUGGUACAUUACCAAUAAAUAUUCUUCGGUUUAAAAUUACAAAUGAUAUUAUUGAACAACAAUGUAUGAUGGUAGGUAUUGGUGAUAUAUCAGCAUCAACAUCAAUUAAACAACCAACUCAUUUAUUAAAUGUACCGUUUAAAUAUUUUGCUGAAAAAACUGGUAUACAUGCUGUUAUUUGUAAAGAACAUCAUUUAAAAGUUUGUGAAUUAGUUAUGAAUAUGCUUGAUGUAUUACUUGGUUUGGCUGUUAUAUCAUCAACAGAAGAUGGUAUGCAUAAAAAACAAUUAUUAACUAUUGGUAAUACUGGUACAACAAGUGAUGAUGAACAAAUCGAACAAUGGUUAAAACAAAUUGAUGCAAAAGAAGAAAAAUUUCAAUUAGCUGUUGAUAUAACACUUAGAUUAGGCUGUUCACAUUGUCAACUACGUGGACGAAGUUUUAUAGCUGAUCAAUUACGUCGUAAAGUUCAUUUACCAUUAAAUAAACUUCGUUUACUUAAUCAACAACGAUUUGAAAAAUAUUUUCUUAAUUUAACUCAUCAUGGUGAUCUUGUUCAUAUUCUUGAUAUAUUUCAUGCAUUAUGUGGUUAUUGUUCUGAAUCAACAUAUUGGUCUUGCACAUUAUUCACCUUAUAG